AAAAAGUAUUUUACACACAUAAUAUGUGCCCAUUACAAUCUGUGUAAGAAUCGGAAUGCAUGAUUUGUCACCUAGAAUUGAAAACAUGUGAAUAAAACCGUAAAUACACAAAUAAAUGCCACACAACAUUUUCUGAUAGUGAUUUAUUGAUACAAGUGGCGCGUUCCGGCAGUCAACCACGUAACCUCCCACUCUGCGCCAUUCAGUGUUGUUGUUUAUGUAUGUAGCUAGUGAGCUAAGCUGUAGCAUUAGCAAUGUCUUUCAAAAGGAGACAACUCACAAAUGUGGGAAUUCUGGAGAUUUUUAAACAUUUUGACAAUGAGUCUGAAAGUCAGGAAUCAGAUUCUGACAGUGACAGUGAGGAGCUGCCCCCAACCUUGUAGCAAUUGAGAACCCUGAAUCUGAAUUCCCUUGUCCACUGACGAAGUACCAGGUCCCUUUGAAGAUGCUGGUGGUGAUGGAGGCAGACCGACAGUGGAUGAAGUACAGAAGUUCUGUGGUAGCUGGAAGGCCACCAGUCAUUUCACCCCUCCCUGCUGUUUGCUUUGACGAGUCCCAGUCUGGAGUGCAACGCCCCUUGCCAUUUCUAACUGAGGCAGAGUGCUUCAAGUUGUUUCUGACAGAGGAGCUGGUGGGAAACAUAGUAGAGGAGACCAAUCGCUAUACCUUGGAGCUACAGGAGAUGAGAGAGCCAGGAGUGAGGGGGAAACUUGCUAAAUGGGUGACAACCACAAUUUGUGAAAUGUAUACCUUCCUGGUGACAGUCCUUCUCAUGGGGAUAGUAAAGAAGAACUCUAAGAGAAUACUGGAGCACAGAUCCUAUGUUUGCAACUCCCUUCUUUGCCACCCUCUUUUCCCAAGACCGCUUCCUAGUUCUGCUGCGAUGCCUGCAUUUCGUCAACAAUGCUACUGCCAUCCUAAGUCACACGUUAUACAAAAUAAGAAAUGUUCUUAUCAGCCUGACAUCAGCAUUUGGUCGGGUCUUUGUGCCAUACAAGGACCUAUGGAUUGAUGAGUCCCUGAUGUUAUGGAAAGGUAGGCUGGCGUUCCGUCAAUAUAUUCCCUCCAAAAGGCACAGGUUUGGAGUCAAGUUCCUUGUCAUGUGCGAUGUGAAGACAGGAUUUGUCCAUGAUAUUAUAGUUUACACAGUGUCCACCACUGACAUCAAACAUUAUGAGGGGCAUGGGGUGUCCGGGUCCGUGGUGAUGACCAUGCUGGCUCCUCAUCUCGGCAAGGGACACACUUUGUAUGUGGACAAUUGGUACAGCAGUCCCACACCCUUCCAGCAUCUGCUCUCCAACAGCACAGGGGCCUGUGGCACAGUCGUGUCGAACAGGAAGGGGAUGCCGGCAUUCGGAUGCAGGAAGAUGCAGAGAGGAGAGGUGGAGUUCCAGGAGAACGGUCAACAGCUGGCAGUAAAGUGGCAUGACAAACGAGACGUCCAUGUCCUCUCCACUGUCCAUACAGCAACCAUGUCGGCCACAGGGAAGGUGGACCACCUGACGGGAGAGAGAAAGAUCAAACCAGAUUGUGUGCUUGAGUAUAACCUCAAAAUGGGGGCCGUGGAUAAGGCGGACAUGAUAAACAGCUUUGUGGAAUGCACUCGGAAAACGACCAAGUGGUAUAAGAAGAUAUUUUUCCAUCUGAUCGACACUGCUGUCCUCAACGGCAGCGUAGUUCACCGCCAACUAACAGGUGAGAUGAUUACUGAACAAGGUAUUUUUGAAAUUGGAUGUACAGUUCACAUACAAAUCCAUUAUGCAAUUAUAGUGACAAUAUCUCACCCACCUACCCACUGCCUCAUCAUCCUCUAACUUUCCUCAUCCUCCCCACUCCCU